GCAUGCGCGGGGCCAGAGGCGGGCCGCACGUGUGGCGGCGGGCCCGGGGCCGCCGGAGGGGCCGCGCCGCCAUGGGCCGCAGGCUGGACCCCAGCAGGAAGGAGAAGCGCGGCCCCGGGCGCAAGGCCCGCAAGCAGCGCGGGGCGGAGGUGGAGCUGGCCCGCUUCCUGCCGCCAGAGCCGGAGCCCGGCAGGAAGAAGCUCUCCAGCCACGGGCGGAGGAGGGCUGCGAAGAGGCGGCUGGGAGCGGGCAGCGCCGCGCCGGUCGGGGGGCGCCGGGGGGCAGCAGGAGGAGGAGCAGCGGGCCAGGAGCCAGCAGCUGAAGAGCAGAUAUCCCCGCAGAAGGAGAAACGUGCUGUAAAGGCAGCGGGACAAACCACUCGUGGCCGCUUUGGCUUCAGUGAUGGCAACUCAAAAUGGCUGGCUCCAGCCAAAGCCAAGAAAAUCCCAUCUAAAGGAAGCAAUGUGGAGUUAUCCAGCGAUGGUGAGGUGGAAGGAGGCAGCUGGGAGAUGGAAGAGGAGGAUGGGAGCAGUGAUGAGAUGGUGGAUGAUUACGGUGUGUCUUCAUCAUCAGAGGAGGAAGAGUUGCUGCCUAUUGAAAAAGCUGCCCUGAAGCAGAAUUCUGAUAGGGGAAGCCUUGGUGAAGAUGACAGCGAAGAGGGGGAGGAAGAGGAGAUGGCAGAAGCGGCAAGGGGGCAGAAAACAGGACAGAAGGAGGAAGAGGGCCCAGAUCUGCAGCUCAACCUGGAUAUAGAUGAGCAGUUUAAACUGCCAACUAAUGAACAGAUUGAGAGAGAGGCUGCUGAGCCGCCUGACCUGCACAUCAUUCACCAGCGCAUCAAGGGCAACAUGGAGGUGCUGCAGGACUUUGGGGCGAAGCGGGAGGAAGGACACACGCGACAAGAGUACCUUGCAUUGCUGCGCCGGGACAUGGCUGCCUAUUAUUCCUACAGUGACUUCUUGCUCGUGAAGCUUAUGGACAUCUUCCCACUCCCUGAGCUGGUAAACUUCCUGGAAGCUAAUGAGGUUCCCCGCCCUGUGACCAUUCGCACCAACACACUCAAGACGCGGCGACGGGACCUGGCACAGGCUCUAAUCAACCGUGGUGUGAAUCUCGACCCCUUGGGGAAGUGGUCGAAAACGGGGCUUGUUAUUUAUGACUCCUCUGUGCCCAUUGGUGCCACCCCUGAGUAUCUGGCUGGGCACUACAUGCUGCAAGGAGCCUCCAGUCUCCUCCCCGUCAUGGCUCUGGCUCCACAGGAGAACGAACGCAUCCUGGAUAUGUGCUGUGCCCCAGGAGGCAAGACCAGCUACAUAGCUCAGCUAAUGAAGAACACGGGUAUGAUCUUGGCCAAUGACAGCAAUGCCGAGCGGCUGCAUAGUGUGGUAGGGAACUUGCAUCGGCUGGGAGUCACCAAUGCUGUAGUGAGUAACUGUGAUGGACGCCAGUUCCCCAAGGUGCUUGGAGGGUUCGACCGUGUCUUGCUUGAUGCUCCUUGUAGUGGAACAGGUGUCAUUUCUAAGGAUCCUGCUGUCAAAACCAACAAGGAUGAGAAAGACAUCCUGCGCUGUGCUCAUCUGCAGAAGGAGCUGAUUCUUAGCGCUAUAGAUUCAGUCAAUGCUGCCUCAGAGACAGGGGGCUACAUUGUCUAUUGUACUUGCUCUAUCAUGGUGGAGGAGAAUGAGUGGGUUGUGGAUUAUGCACUGAAGAAACGCAACGUUCGUUUGGUGGCCACAGGCCUGGACUUUGGCAAGGAAGGCUUCACUAGGUUCAAAGACCGUCGCUUCCACCCCUCCCUCAAGUCUACGAGGCGUUUCUAUCCCCACACGCACAAUAUGGAUGGGUUCUUCGUUGCCAAGUUCAAGAAAUUCUCUAACGCCAUCCCCCAGGCACAGACAGAUGAAGAGCCUGCUGUGGAAGCAGCACCUCCAUCCACUGUCCCUGAUACCAUUGUGGAGCCUCAGCCAAAAAAGAAGAAACUUGAGGGAUCAAAAGCUGACAAAGAGCAGAAGCCACCACAGCCUGCUUUGAAGAAGAGACAUUCAUUGCAGGCACAGAGGAGACCCUUGAAGGCUGGCCGGCCUUCUCCCAAAAUGAUGCGUCCUCAAGCCCCUGCCAAGAAGAAGCAUAGGAUGAAACAGAACAGACCGUGAGAGGAGCUGCUUUCCCGGGUGUUGGCCCCCUCCUUUGAGUGCAAAGGCUGCCACAGCUUUGCGUGUACCACCUCGUCUUUGCUGCUCUGUGCAGAGAACCUCUGCAGCGCUGCACGCCUGGGACAGCUAUAGGCCUGUUUGCUCCUUUCCCUCUGCAUCAAGGACUGAUGCACUGACACAUUAAAGGUUUUAUACUCUUGCUCAA